ACAUUCAAAUACUUGGGAGCAACUCUUUCCAAAGAUGGAAGCUGCACGGCAGACAUCCGCACCACGACUGCAAAGGCGACAACAGCAGUGGUCAGGCUGGACAAGAAUUAGCGAAGUAACACCAUUGGAUCUACUAUCAUAUACAGACUGUAAAAAUGUCAGAUACUUGCCAUCCUGCUCUACAUUUUGCGAGGCACGAACUUUGCUUCCCAGAUAGGAUAUUGUAUUAUAGAGGCUGAACAAGACGCAGCAAUACCAUCAUGUUUGUUGCUAGAUACUUGACUGUAUAAUAACUCAUAGUUCCCAUCCAUCUUUACGGACGCGAGAUCCUGUUUGCUGAAAAAAUCUAAUCUAGGCAUUCGAGAGUUAAUGUCUAUGAAAACUGUUCCCCAAUCUUCUGCACUGAGUGUGUGCUCGCCACUCUUAGGGGACUCGAGGACCCUCUUCUGACAACAAUCAAGUGGCGCAGGCUGAUCGAGUUUUAGCCGUGUGACCCGGUACGGUGCUCUGUCCAAAAACUUCCUUUAGGGUACUUGGGUACCUUGGAAGAAGGUCGACGCUGAAGUGGACAGCGGAAGGACUGGCUAGUGAAUGUAACAGAGUAGCCUAUUCGUUCACAUGCUCACCGCCGCCCAAGACAGGCCUGAGGAGAGAGCCUUGUCAACCGUUAUUUAUCCAAGUGCCCUCAACGACGAUAGCGACAGAGUAGCCUAACUGGUUACCAGGUAGUAUCAGUCAAAAAGUGAAUAAAUGCUCUUCAAAAUAUUAUUAGCUUAAGACUUAAGUCUUUGACUUCUCCUUUAAGCUGUACUUUCGUAACGGGGAAGCAGACAGUUGAGUGGUUAGAGCACUGGCGUCCAAAACCGGAGGCACGCUGGCUCGAUACCUGUGUGGUGCAACGAACCUCCGCCAGUCGACCCAGCUGUCGGGAAUGGGUACCUGACUUAAUAACGACCUGAAACGGUUAGGGAACGAUGAUUACCUGUCCUUUUUAUUCCACAUCACAAGCAAGUAUUUCAGUUGACUGUGACAAGUACGCAGUUUGCUCAACCCAAGCGCUUAAAUCCUUUUUAUGCUCUCUGGUCUGUGAUUGGAAAAGUAACUUUCUCUUGGAUGAUUGUGUGACAAAGAAUUUGAAUUUCUAAAUUAAAACUUUAGACACAGAACAAUUUGAGUGUGUAUUGAAUGAGCUGUUUAAGCGAAAAAAGCGAAAAAGAACAAUCGAGUUGUGUUCAGCGAUGUGUUAAUGCGCAGCAAAACCUUUUUAUCUAGAAAUAUGCCCCGAGUGUAAUCGAUUCCACAAACGGUUACAUAAUAGCUCAUCUAAAAUGGAAAACUCGUGUUGUAGUGAAUCGGGUGUCAAGAAGUAGGGAAACCUGUUUAACCAGAAUAAUCUCAUUUGGGUCAAUCGAUUCUGAUUUCUCGGAAAGAAUUAAAAUUAUACUUCAAGACAGCAGGCACCACACUCCUGUCAUAUUACCAGAGAAGUUCGUGUUACAGUGCUGUGCUCGUAUCAAGUGUCACAUUAUUACUGCCAUCUGCUACAAAAGUUUACCUCAGGGGGAGACCAGUCACUUCUAUGCGUGCAUUGACUCGUCUUUCCCUUAAAUUCUAGCUGCAACAUUUUCAGGAAAUUUUAAAGAAGCUCAGUGGACUCCCUACGUCUGUUGUCGGGACCAGAGAAUUGCUCAAAAUGUCCAACCCUUCGUCCAGUCAGAAGAACGGAAACUCCAAACGGGACAAUGACAGCGGAAAAGCAGACAACCUCAAAGAACAAGAACCGAACACGAACCUAAAACCGAAGAAGUAUAAAGAAGUUUACAAAGAGCUAAAACAAAACAUCAAGAAAAAGGAGAAAGAUGCUAUUUUCAAACAGGUGGAGGCAAUAAAGGAUGAUGACCUUAUAAUGGACUUCGAAAACCAUGAGAAGGGUGAGGCAAGUCUGCUUCAAAUGGCCGCGAAUUACAACGCAGAUGACGAAGUUAUCAUAAAACUAGCAAAGAAGUUUCCCGGUUUGAUAGCUCUUCAAAGGAAUAACGAGUUCGAGGGUCAGACGGUGCUGCACACCUUCAUCAGCCAGCAGAAAUUAGGGCUAGUUAGAAAAGUGUUAAACAUCAUGAAGACGAAAAAACCUAACGAACUUCCCACAUUGCUGCUAACAAAGGCAAUAGGUCCUCGUUUCGUUGCCACAGUCUUGAUGGGUGAGCUGCCACUCACUGUGGCGGCUUUGACUUUCAACAUGGACAUGGUCAAGCUGUUGUACAAGAACGGGGCCACGCCGCACGCCAGGAACUCCGAAGGCGACACGAUGCUGCACAGCCUGGUGCGAUGGGCGGCUCUCUAUCCAGAGAAACUGGAAGAUGUCGAAAAGAUGAUUAAAAAUCUGCAUAGUUGGCUGGUUCCAGUCGCUCGCUCAGUGUGGUUUGUUGAAAACGAUAAAGGACUGACUCCACUUCGCCUGGCAGCAUCGCUUGCUCAAGCCAUCUUUGCUCAACCUCAUUCUGGACCUGGAUGACGUGUACCGUCGGUUGGACAAGAACGAUGGCGU